AUGACGUCCUCUGAGUAUUCGGCGGUCUUUUUGGCAGAGGACCGCCGCCAGCCGGCGAUUAUCGGCAUGGCCGUUGUUACGACGCUCUCGUUGGUUGUCGUUCUGGUUCGACUGUAUGCUCGGGGGUAUCUGAUCCGUGAGCUGGGAUGGGAUGAUCUCACAAUCGUGAUCGCACAGAUAGUCAGCUGGAUAGUUCUGGGGCUUUCAGUGGUGGUCUUUCAUUAUGGCUCUGGUCAGCAUCUUGCAGCGUUGAUGAAGAACCCGGAGACCCUGGUGCAUAUGUAUAAGUGGCUUGUUGGAGCUCAACUCGUGUAUAUGUUCAAUUUGUGGCUGUGUCGCAUCUCCGGCAUUACCUUCUAUGCUCGUCUCAACCAAAUGCCACGAUUUAUCCUCUAUCUCCGGAUGUCUUUCGCUUUUGUGACGGUUGUGUUUGUGGCGCAGACACUCAUUGUCGCAUUGCAGUGUGUUCCUCUCGCUGCCCUGUGGGGCGGCGAGGAAGGUAAAUGCAUGGGCUCUGUGACCGUUUUUAUUUCAACUUCUGUGCUCACUAUCGUCUGUGACUUGCUUGUGCUGUUGUUGCCAAUGCACAUUGUCUUCUCGCUGCAGGCAAAGCUAGCAAGAAAGCUAGCAUUGGCACUUGUACUUUGCGUGGGAGUUUUAACGUCCAUUCUCCGAAUGAUCUCCAUGAUAGUCGCGUUGCAACACCCGGAUGAUGCGACUUGGUAUUUCUCGGUCGUGAUGGCGUGGUCUACUGCAGAGAUUAGUGCUGCCAUCAUCGCUCUUUCUCUCCCGGCGUUGCGAGCUUUGUUCGGAUUCUGGAAUAGAAAUCGAUCGACGAAUCACAGUAGCUCAAAUGAGACUACCACGAUUGGUCUUCAGUUCAUACCUCGGUCGAGACAGCAGCCUAUACUGGACGGAGAUGACGGACAUGACGGACAUGACACUCAUGACGGACAUGCCGAACAUGACACUCAUGAGACGACAUUCGAUGUGGACUAG